AUGGCGCCGAACGCCACAGAGUUUGCGAUCAGGGAGUUGACUGCUCAGGCGGGGUUGAUGAAUGAGUCGCUCACGAAGGUGACACAACAGGUUUCCGAGCUUGCCGUCGCUAUGAAGAGCUUGCAGGACGGGUUGAUGUUGCAGAAGCAAAAGGUUGAGGAGACCGAGGCAGCGUUAGCAACGAUUCGUGCGGUGGCGACUGCCAGCGGCAACAGCAGCUUCGACAUCAGCAGUGACGACAGCAGAGAGAGUUCGGCGAAGAAGGCCCGUCUUAGCGCUCGUUCCAGGAACGGUAACCAGGACAUGCUCUCGAAAGCGAUUGUUGUUGGAUGUGCGGAUGAGUUCACGAGGGCCGUCGUCCUUAAGUCAUGUCAGGAGAUUCUCACGUCUUGUGCAAGUGCUGAAGUCCUGGCUCAGGUGAAGGUCACUCCCCAGAACUUCUCGAAGAAAGUGAUUCUGGCUUUCCCGUCGGGGGAGACUAACAAGCAGCUCACGGUGAUGGGGGAGAUUCGUGCGGAAGUCGAGUCGGUAGUGAAGUCGGUUCCGAAGCUCGAAGGGUGGAAAGUUGAUUCGUCGGUCGGCAACGGCUUCGUCUUCAUUGCUAGUGAGUCGACAGGUGAUGCACUAACGUUGUUCAGCGUUCAGAAGCCCUUGUCUGUCUUUGAGCAGCCUCGUGUGAUCGCCUUCGCGUGUCACUUCGAGCAGAUCGGCCUCGCGG